AUGAAGCAAAGUGUGGAAAAAAUUGUGUCAUGGGCAAAUUGGAUCAACGGAGAUUGUCUUAACGUUACCAGUAAAUCUCCACACUAUAUUAACGACACCAGUAAAGCUCCAGACUAUAUUAACGACACCAGUAAAUCUCCAGACUAUAUUAACGACACCAGUAAAGCUCCAGACUAUAUUAACGACACCAGUAAAUCUCCAGACUAUAUUAACGACACCAGUAAAUCUCCAGACUAUAUUAACGACACCAGUAAAUCUCCAGACUAUAUUAACGAUACCAGUAAAUCUCCAGACUAUUGUAACGUUACCAGUAAAUCUCCAGACUAUAUUAACGACACCAGUAAAUCUCCAGACUAUAUUAACGACACCAGUAAAUCUCCAGACUAUAUUAACGACACCAGUAAAGCUCCAGACUAUAUUAACGACACCAGUAAAUCUCCACACUAUAUUAACGACACCAGUAAAUCUCCAGACUAUAUUAACGACACCAACUAUAUUAUUAACGACACCAGUAAAUCUCCAGACUAUAUUAACGACACCAGUAAAUCUCCAGACUAUAUCAACGACACCAGUAAAUCUCCAGCCUAUUGUAACGUUACCAGUAAAUCUCCAGACUAUAUUAACGACACCAGUAAAUCUCCAGACUAUAUUAACGACACCAGUAAAUCUCCAGACUAUAUUAACGACACCAGUAAAUCUCCACACUAUAUUAACGACACCAGUAAAUCUCCAGACUAUCUUAACGACACCAGUAAAACUCCAGACUAUAUUAACGACACCAGUAAAUCUCCAGACUAUAUCAACGACACCAGUAAAUUUCCAGCCUAUUGUAACGUUACCAGUAAAUCUCCAGACUAUAUUAACGACACCAGUAAAUCUCCAGCGUAUUGUAACGUUACCAGUAAAUCUCCAGACUAUUUUAACGACACCAGUAAAUCCCCAGACUAUAUUAACCAUAUCAGUAAAUCUCCAGACUAUAUUAACGACACCAGUAAAUCUCCAGACUAUAUUAACGACACCAGUAAAUCUCCAGACUAUAUUAACGAUACCAGUAAAUCUCCAGACUAUAUUAACGACACCAGUAAAUCUCCAGACUAUAUUAACGACACCAGUAAAUCUCCAGACUAUAUUAACGACACCAGUAAAUCUCCAGACUAUUUUAACGUUACCAAUGAAGCUCCAGACUAUUUUAACUAUACAAUAUAA